CUAGGUUAUCCAUUUUAAAAUGGUGGCCUUUACAUUAUGCUAACUCUACCUCAAUAAGAAACAAUGAAAGGAAAUGGGUAUCCACUUUUUUGAAAAAUCUUUGGUGAGCUAAUCCAGGCAUCUUGCACCAAAUUCAAAAGCUUCAAAACAGUAUAAAGCUGAAAACCUAAAUCUUUUCCCCAGUCACGGUAGUUUCCUUCCCUGGAGCAACUCUGGUUACUAGAUUAUUGUCUAGUCUAGAAUGAUCUGCGCUUUUCCUUAACUUCUGAAGAUAACUCAUAUUACAAGAGCCAUUUAUGCUCACUGCAGACAAACACGCAACAGAAGACGGGUGGAGCAGAAGAGUUCGGAAGAGAAGUCCCUCCUCGGGAUGGUCCCAUAUCUGGACAGUAUCUGACUGCAGUUGUCCCUGGGUUGCUUGGUAACCGGUUAACUAGUGGGCAGUUAUCUAGUCGCCAUGGGGCAAAUUACAGCAAGCUGGCUCAUCCUGGGUUCAUCGGCCCGGGCAGCGCACACGUGGCCGCCUAAUUUUUUGUAAAGUCGGCUCCUCAGUGCAGCAGACAAAAGUCCGUCUCAGGGACAAAGGGCAGCGGUCGCGCCUGCGCAGAUUGCGCGCGGGCCCCCGGAAGCUCCCCAGGGCGCGGUCUAGCCCCGCCCUCUGGCGCAGCGCGCUGACGUCGCGGUGACGUCACGGCGGAGUUGCCAUGGCGGCGCUGAACGGUCUGGCGUCGGCGCUGGAGUCUUACAGGGGCCGCGACCGCCUGAUCCGAACGCUGGGGUACUGCUGCCAGCUGGUUGGCGGGGUCUUGAUGGAACAGUGUCCUGCCAGGUCUGAAGUGGGCACACGCCUGCUGGCCGUGUCGGCCCAGCUCAGCCACUGCAGGACUGUCCUGAGACUCUUUGAUGACCUGGCCAUGUUUGUCUACACUAAGCAGUACGGCCUGGGGUCAGAGGAGGAGGACGUCUUUGUCCGCUGGAUGUCUGUCCUGGGCAACAUAGCCGACCAGCUCUACUAUCCAUGCGAGCAUGUGGCCUGGGCUGCCGACGCCAAGGUCCUCCGCGCGGACUCUGCCAGGUGGUGGACACUGAGCACAGCCCUCUGGGGCCUCUCCCUGCUCUUGGGGAUUGCCAGGUCCCUGUGGACGGUGCUGAGGCUGAGGCAGAGGCUGCGGAGCCCUGUGGCCAACCUUACCAGCCGGCUGCCCCAGAGCAAGCAGAGGGCCCUCGAGGCGCGGAUGCAGUCGGAGGUGCUGACGCUCCUCAGCAACCUGGCUGACCUGGCCAACGCUGUGCACUGGCUGCCACCAGGUGUCCUGUGGGCUGGCCGCUUUCCCCCGUGGCUGGUGGGCCUCCUGGGCACCAUCUCCUCCCUGCUCAGCAUCUACCAGGCGGUCCAGGCUAGUGGCCAGCCCGAGGCUGCCAGCCCCUGACCUGGCGUGAGAAGAGGUGGAUGUGGCUGGACCCAAUGGAGGCCCCUUCCCUCAGGGCGGAAUCACCAGGCCAGGAGAUGCGUCUUUAGUUGAGCAGCCCUGGCGCCAGUGCAUAGGCAGGGAGGGAAGAGGGGCUGGCAUGGGAACCCCCAACCCCAGCCAGGGCCUCGGUGGGGAAAGCUCUUCUCUGAGGGCCCAACGGGGAAGCCCCCAGGACUCCCAACCAUGGCAGAGCUUGGAAGGGCCCUGCGUGGGCCUCUGCAGAGCCUUCUAUCUGCUGGCCACGUCCUGCGUCCGAAUGAGACAAGCAGGAGCGACCCGUGCCGCGCUUCCAGUGGGACUUGGGAAAGCUGGAAUGAGAAUCAAUUAAAUACCCUGGAGCUGGU